AUGGCUCAAACGUUGGACUGUUCUAAAGCUGUCGAAUACCUUUCGACCUACUCGGAGAAGGAUGGACUCUCUGUCCACGAUUUGAUGGACAACAAGCUCCACGGUGGGCUCACCUACAACGAUUUCCUUGUCUUGCCUGGUAAGAUUGACUUCCCUGCCAGCGCCGUGGACCUGGAGACCAAGUUGACCAAGAAAAUCACUUUGAAGACUCCUUUCGUUUCUUCUCCGAUGGAUACCGUUACUGAGUCCAACAUGGCCAUUCACAUGGCCCUUUUGGGAGGUAUUGGUAUCAUUCACCACAACUGCAGUGCUGAAGAACAAGCAGAAAUGGUGAGAAAGGUCAAGAAGUACGAGAACGGGUUCAUCAACGACCCUAUUGCCAUCUCCCCUUCUACCACGGUUGAGACAGUCAAGUCCAUGGGCCAGCAAUUCGGCUUCACUUCUUUCCCAGUGACCGAAACCGGUAAAGUUGGAGGAAAACUUGUUGGUAUCAUCACCUCCAGAGAUGUCCAAUUCCACGAGAACGACGCCAGCCCUGUUUCGGAGAUCAUGACCACAGACUUGAUCACCGCCAAGGCUGGAAUCUCGUUGGCCGAAGGAAACGAGAUCUUGAGAAAGUCCAAGAAGGGUAAGCUCCCAAUUGUCGACAGCGAGGGAAACCUGGUGUCGAUGCUUUCCAGAACCGACUUGCAGAAGAACCAGGACUAUCCUCACGCCUCCAAGUCUUUCCAAAGCAAACAGCUGCUCUGUGGUGCCGCCAUCGGUACCUUGGACAGUGACAAGGUGAGACUUGCCAAGCUGGUCGAGGCUGGCUUGGACGUCGUUGUCUUGGACUCUUCUCAAGGUAACUCUAUUUUCCAGCUGAACAUGAUCAAAUGGAUCAAGCAGACUUUCCCAGACUUGCAAGUCAUUGCCGGUAACGUUGUCACCAGAGAACAGGCUGCUCAACUGAUUGAGGCUGGUGCAGACGGUCUGAGAAUUGGUAUGGGUUCUGGUUCCAUUUGUAUCACCCAAGAGGUUAUGGCCUGUGGUAGACCACAAGGUACUGCCGUCUACAAGGUGACCCAGUUUGCUAACCAGUUUGGCGUGCCAUGUAUUGCUGACGGAGGUGUUUCCAACAUCGGCCACAUUACCAAGGCUCUUGCUUUGGGAGCAUCCUGUGUCAUGAUGGGAAGCAUGCUUGCCGGAACCUCUGAGUCUCCUGGUGAAUACUUCUACAGAGACGGAAAGAGGCUGAAGACGUACAGAGGCAUGGGGUCGAUCGACGCCAUGCAACAGACUGCUACCAACGCCAAUGCAUCCACUUCGAGAUACUUUAGUGAGGGCGACAAAGUUCUUGUCGCGCAGGGUGUCAGUGGAUCCGUCUUGGACAAGGGAUCUAUCACCAAGUUUAUUCCGUACCUGUACAACGGACUGCAGCACUCUUGUCAGGAUAUUGGUGUUAAAAGUAUCGUUGCCCUGAGAGAGGAGACCAUCAAGGGCAACGUCAGAUUCGAGAUCAGAACUGCCUCUGCCCAGAUGGAAGGUGGCGUCCAUGGACUGUACUCGUUUGAGAAGAGGCUGCACAACUAG